CGCAAGGCUUGAGCCGGACGUAGUUUGUCCUCUGCUGUAUUCGCAUGUGCGGGUGAACCUUGAGGCAGCGAUCAUUGAGAGUCUGCUGCACCGGCGUCUGCUACCCCCCGCUCGAGGUCACGCCACGAGGUCAUCGUUUAGAGCUGGUGCCGGUGGUGAUUGGCGCGCGCCCUCGCGUGCCGCGCUCGCGGUGCUGCCCCCCGCGCCGGUCGCCCCCAUGGCGGCGCGCGGCUGCCACCGCAGCCUCCGCCGGCGUCUCCAGUUCCGCCUGCGCCGGCUCCUCUUCCUGGCGGUCGCUAUCGCGGGCGCCUCCGCGCUCUCGCUGGCGCUCGCCUCCCGCUCGGACGUCGCUGGCGCCCCCCGCCGACCGACGUCCCUGCCGACCGACGGUCACCCCGGCGGCCCGUCUCCGGAUCCGGAGGGCGAGCGGCGGGACGCGGGGCCGGCGCCGCGCCGGAGGGUCCUGUCCGUAGCGUGGGAGCACGGCUCGCGGGCAAAUUCGUCGCGGGGAGAGGGCGGGCACGGAGCCGGCGUCGGCAACGGCAGCGCCGGCGAGCACCAGCAGGGCGAGUACCCGCAAGACAUCUUCUCGCUGGAGGAGCGGCGGCGAGGCGCCGUGGCGCUCCACAUGCUCGGCAUGAUGUACAUGUUCAUGGCGCUCGCCAUCGUGUGCGACGAGUUCUUCGUGCCCGCGCUCGGCGUCAUCACCGACAAGCUGGCCAUCUCGGACGACGUCGCCGGCGCCACCUUCAUGGCGGCGGGCGGCUCGGCGCCGGAGCUCUUCACGUCGAUGAUCGGCGUCUUCAUCUCGCACAGCAACGUGGGCAUCGGCACCAUCGUGGGCUCGGCCGUCUUCAACAUCCUCUUCGUCAUCGGCAUGUGCGCCGUGUUCUCGCGCGAGCUGCUCACGCUCACCUGGUGGCCCAUCUUCCGCGACGUCUCCUUCUAUGUGCUCGACCUGCUCAUGCUCAUCAUCUUCUUCCUCGACAACAGCAUCGCGUGGUGGGAGAGCACGCUGCUGUUGGGCGGGUACGCCUCCUACGUCGUCUUCAUGAAGUACAACGCGCACAUCGAGGCCUGGGUGAAGGCGAGGCUGCCCCGCAGCAAGGCGACGCGGAGCAACGCCAACGGCGACAAGGCGAGCGGGAGCUCUUCGGACCCUCUGGACGUGAUGAAGACGAUGGAGACGCAGCUGGAGGUCGCGGGUUCCGACCGGGCCACAAAGGCGGUGCGCGGCGUGGGGGAGCGGGCGCCGCCGACUCGCGCGAGCAAGAUCAUGAGGAACAGCCUCUUCCAGCUCAUGAUCUACUCGCUGGAGCCGCUGGGCGAAGAGAUUCACGGAGUCGGAUCCAACCAGAAGUUCUACGAAACGAUCACAAAAGAAGCUCACCUGCAGGAGCAGCUCUACCAGACGUCCGAAGCGGCGUUCUCCCCCGCACAGACCUGCAUGGCCACGGCCGAUGGCUGCAGCGGAGCCCCGGAGGCGACGGCCAAGGCGCUGAAGGACGGGGAGGUGAACGCCGCCGCCGCCGACGACAAGACCAACGGAGGCACCGUCCUGGCCGCUGACGGGCAGCAGCCGGCGGCUUCGGAGGUGGGCACCCUGAGUCGCCGCAAGGCGGACGGGGCUCUGGGCGCAGAGGAGGAGGAGGAGGAGGACUCCGAGAUUCCCAUGAGCCUCAAGUGGCCGUCAACGUGGAGGAAGCGUCUCUCCUAUCUCCUCCUGCUGCCCAUCGUGCUGCCCCUCUGGGCCACGCUGCCCGACGUCCGCAAGCCGGAAGCCAAAAAGUUCUUCAUCAUCGCCUUCUUUGGGUCCAUCCUCUGGAUCGCCAUGUUCUCCUACCUGAUGGUGUGGUGGGCCCACCAGGUCGGUGAGACAAUUGGCAUCACGGAGGAGAUCAUGGGGCUGACGAUCCUGGCUGCGGGGACGUCCAUCCCUGACCUCAUCACCAGCGUGAUCGUCGCUCGCAAGGGCCUGGGGGACAUGGCAGUGUCCAGCUCGGUCGGUAGCAACAUCUUCGACAUCACCGUCGGCCUUCCCCUGCCGUGGCUCCUCUUUUCGAUGAUCAACGGGCUGGCGCCCGUCACCGUCAGCAGCAACGGCCUCUUCUGCGCCAUCCUGCUGCUCUUCAUGAUGCUGGUGCUGGUCAUCGGCACCAUCGCCGCGUGCCGCUGGCGCAUGAGCAAGCUGCUCGGCCUCUCCAUGUUCCUGCUCUACUUCGUCUUCCUGGUGCUCAGCGUCCUGCUCGAGUUGCAGGUCCUGUCCUGCCCCAUCACCAUUUGACGACGUCCCCACCUCCCCCCCCCCCCCCCCCCCAACUCACGCCGCCGCCGCUGCCGCUACCUCCGGUGGAAUCGGUCGUGGAUCGGAUUCACCGCUGCACGCUCGUCGCGGAGACGGUGGUGGCGGCUGCGGACUGACACCCACGCAGGGACCAUCAACCCCCCCCCACCCCCACCACCCCCUCCGGGCAACGUGACGACGUCGCACGUAACUACGGCGGCGUCGUGGGGAGCGAUGUCAUUGCUUUGGCCAGGAAGGUUUAUCCAUCUAGAUGAUGUGACGAUGUCAUCGCGGAGCGCGGGGCGUCCCCCACCCCGUUUCCUCAUCGGGCCCUCGGUUGUUGCGCAAGGUGGCCCCCAUGGCCGGCCCGUCCAUGGGUGGCGGUGUCGUCACCGGUUCUGAAGGUGUGCCGUCGGGUGACAGCGGAGUGGGCCAGGCUGGGGUUAAAGGCCGUCGCGGUGGCGAGAUGUUAACUACCUCGCCUGGUAUGCAGAAGGUUCGUAGGUUCGAUCCCGACCCUGACGCCUGCUGUAUAUUUGGAGUUUGAAUGUCCUCCCCGUGGUCGUGCGGAUUUUUC